GUGAUUAUUAUGUGCAAUUAAUUAAGUUUGUGACAUAAAAUAAAUAAUAAAUAUUUAAAACAUACAAUUAGAUCUUUUAAAAAGAAUUUUUGUCCAUCAUUUAGCACACUUUUAGUGAAGAGAGACUUCUUACUGACAUAAUGUAUGCUAUUUGCAAGUAACCGUUACGAAUUUCAACUAUUAAGUUAAUGUUAUUAAAUUUUUAUAAGAAUAAUUUUAUUAUCAAAAUUAAAAAAAUCGAUAAUUUAUUGUGGACAUAUUCACUUAAAAUCAUAUAAUGUAUUCAUAUAUUAUUUAAUAUUAAUAAUUCUUUCAAGAAGACGUGGAGAUUAUUUUUUCUACUCUGUUAUUUUAUGACAAAUUAUAAAGAAAUGUAGUUGUAUUAAAAUUUUGAUAUUUUUAGGUGCAUAAUUGGAACAUAAGUAGUGCUGCUGUUCAUCUCUUGAAGUACAGAUAUCUAUGAUGUUUUCAUCAGGUCUUAGCUGCAAUCUGUCCUUUCCCAGUUGUCUGGGUUAUCCACAAGACAACGAAGAAUUAAUACCAAAAAUGGCUAGAGAGCCAAUAAUUCUCAAUGUUUAUGAUAUGUAUUGGAUAAAUGAAUAUACUACACCAAUUGGAUUAGGUGUGUUUCAUUCAGGUGUUGAAAUUUAUGGAACAGAAUAUGCAUACGGAGGUCAUUCUAAACCAAUUUCUGGAAUUUUUGAAAUUACACCAAGAGUUGCUGAAGAAUUAGGAGAGCAGUUUAGAUAUAGACAAUCGGUACAUAUUGGAUAUACAGAUUUCACAGAAGAAGAUGUAACAAGAAUUGUUACUGAAUUAGGAAAAGAUUUUAGGGGUGAUCGUUAUCAUUUAAUGAAUAAAAAUUGUAAUCAUUUUAGUAGUCAACUUACACUUAUUUUAUGUGGCCAAGAAAUACCAGGUUGGGUAAAUCGUCUUGCAUAUUUUAGUUCUUGCGUACCAUUCCUUCAGCGUUGUCUACCAAAGGAAUGGCUAACACCCGAUGCACUUCAACACUCUUUGAAUCAAGUCAGUCAUGAAAGUACAUCUUCUGAAAGUACAUCAUCUGAUACUUCCUUGUAACAUUCGGCCAAUUUUUUAAGACGAAGAGAUCUAAAAUGUCGUAGGAGUUAUACCAUUUAGAGAAUUUAUGCGCAAAGGAAGUUUAUUAUGACAGUAACUGUAUCGCCCAAAUUAUGGAAUCUGAGAAACAAAACCGUCAAGAUGAGGUACAAAUUUGAUAUUGUACUCUAGAAUUCCUGUGGUGAUUUAAUAAUACUGAAAAAAUGCCUUUCUUGCAACAUGUCGUCUUUUAAAUUUUGGACGGCAGUUUACAAUGUCGCGUGUGUUCUUUGUUGUAUCAUAUGAUCGAAAUUUAAUAGAUAUAUACUUAAUAGAUAAUUAUGUAUAAAUCAAAGGCAUGAAGAGACUGGAACUAUUUAUUUAUUAAUUAAUCACCUUAAUUUUUAAAAAAAUUUUUUGCUAAGAUUUUAUACAUAAUAAUUUUUAUUUUGAAUUGUAUUUAAAAAUUAAUACUUGUAAUAUGCAAUUUUCUCAAAUUAUAUUUUAGAAAUAUUCAGUGAUGUUUUUGUAAAAAUUCAAUAACCUGAUUUUGACAUUAUAAUUAUUUAUACUAUACAUAUACAUGCGACACCUCUCUGUACAGCUGCCAUUAAUAUUGUUAGGAAAUUUAAAUUAAAAAUGAAUUUAAUAUUUGCAUUCAUGUAAUAAAUAAUCAAAUUACAAAUAAUUUAUUUUUUAUGUAUGUGAAAAUUUACUUCAAGAAGUUUUCUAAUAUAUUUUUAAAAGAACUAUUGAAUUUAAUACUUAUAAUUUUAUAAUUCAAAUAUUUUGAGUCGAACAAUUUUGCACCAUAUGAAUAUCAUAAAGGUGCUCUUAAAUUUUGCACAAUAUAGAAUAAUAGAAUUAUAAUAUUAUAAUUUCAGAAGCUUUUGCAAUAUUUAAAAUUCAUAUAAUAAUUUCUUUUUAAAUAUCCAUAGUACAUAAAACAUUACUGAUGUUACUAAAACUAUUGUUGACACCAAGUUUAUAAUGUUAAAUGUUAAAAAAAAAAAGAAAAAUUCAUAAAGUUAUUUGAAUAAGUACAAAAAAAUUUUGUUGAAUGUAUUAUAUUUGUAAAAUGUAAUACAAGAAUCAAGUAACAAUUAGUGCCAAUUA